AGGCGGAAAAACAACCAAAGGACCAUGGACAACUACGACCAAAAAAGGCGGAGAAACAACCAAAGGACCAUGGACAACAACGACCAAAAAAGGCGGAGAAACAACCAAAGGACCAUGGACAACUACGACCAAGAAAGGCGGAGAAACAACCAAAGGACCAUGGACAACUACGACCAAAAAAGGCGGAAAAACAACCAAAGGACCAUGGACAACUACGACCAAAAAAGGCGGAGAAACAACCAAAGGACCAUGGACAACAACGACCAAAAAAGG